CUUUGGAUUCGGCCUCUUUCUUUUGCCAGAUCCUGUCCCCAGCACUGGUCCAGAAGACUCGUUCUGGAAUCGCUGCGUUGAUCACACUUGUCCAGAAAGCAACAGAAUCCAUCAAGCACAAGACAACAGUCUGACAUCAGCCAAAAUGUCUGGAUGGGAGACAUCCAACGAGCCUGGCACCCAGCAGGGGGUCCAGGCCCACGACGCCUUUGGGGUCAGCCAGAUGGCAGCCGAUCUCCCCGAGACUGGCAAGGCUCCUACUGAGCCUGAGCCUCAGACUCUGGAGUCCCAGGGCGGCUGGGUCGACCGUACAGCUUAUGACUACGGCAAUGAGGAGCGCAAUCAUACCUGGGAGGGUGACGCCCGCAUCUAUGAGUGGGACGGUGAGGAGGGCGACCUGGGCCCCGAAGUCCCUCAGCUCGAGGAUGAGCUCUUCGGUCCCAAGAACAAGGACCAGGGCAGUGCCGGCAUUGAUUUCUCCACCAUUGCCAGCAUCGAUCUUGUCCAGGAGGGCCCGGUCCGCGUUGCUCCCGCGCUCAAGUUCCAGGAUGCUGGCCUGCACCCUGCCAUGCUCAAGAACAUCGAGCUGUGUGGUUACAAGACGCCGACUCCCAUACAGUCAUACUGCCUGCCUGCCAUUCACAAGGGCUAUGACGUGAUCGGCAUCGCGCAGACUGGGUCCGGAAAGACGGCCGCCUUCCUGAUCCCCAUCAUCAACAAGCUCAUGGGAAAGGCCAAGAAGCUCGCGGCACCCCGCCCUAACCCGGCCACUUACAACUUCGACAUCCAUGGCCCCAUUCGCGCCGAGCCGCUAGUCUUGCUUAUUUGCCCGACUCGUGAGCUCGCAAUCCAGAUCUUCAACGAGGCUCGCAAGCUCUGUUACCGUAGCAUGCUCCGCCCAGGCGUUGUCUAUGGAGGCGGUCCUUUUGGCGCCCAGGUCCGUCAGAUCGGAAAGGGCUGCGACAUUCUCUGCGCCACUCCCGGACGCCUGAUCCACUUCAUGGAGCGCCCUGAGCUCCUGACGCUGCGUCGUCUCAAAUACAUGGUCAUUGACGAGGCGGACGAGAUUCUACACGACGACUGGACCGAGGACCUCGAGAAGAUUCUUUCUGGUGGUGAGCAGGAGGAGGGAAACAUCAACUACCUUCUUUUCUCGGCCACUUUCCCCAAGAAGAUUCGUGACCUCGCCAAGACGCACCUUUCUGAGACGCAUGUCCGCUUCCGCGUCGGCCGUGCUGGCAGCACCCAUGCCAACAUCAUCCAGAGCGUUGUCGAGACGGCGCCCUUCAACAAGCGUCAGGCUCUCACGGACCUUCUCAACUCGCUGCCGCCCCAGCGCACCAUCAUCUUCGUGAACUCGAAGCAGAAGGCUGAUGAGCUUGACGACUACCUCUACAACCAGGCGCGUCUUCCUGUCACUUCGAUGCACGCCGACCGGACCCAGCGCGAGCGUGAGGAUGCUCUCCGUGCCUUCCGCAAGGGAACCACGCCCAUCAUGGUUGCGACGGGCAUCUCGGCGCGCGGCAUCGAUGUUCGCAACGUGGCUCAUGUCAUCAACUACGAUCUGCCCAGCAUGGAGCAUGGAGGAAUCGAGGAGUACACGCACCGCAUCGGUCGCACUGGCCGCAUCGGUCACAAGGGCAUGGCCACCUCAUUCUUCACCGAUCGCGACGAACCUCUUGGAAGCGUCCUUGUGCGCACCAUGCUGGAGACCCAGCAGGAGAUCCCCGAGUUUCUCGCCCACCACAUUCCUGAGGGUGAGGCCCGUGAGAACCUCAAGUUUGAGGCUGACUCCGACUUUGAGCAGGAGAAUGACAACGGUGGUGGUGAUGCCGGUGGUGGCUGGGGUGCCACCAAUGACGACAACGCCAACUCGGGUGGCGGCUGGGGCGCUGAUGCUGAGGAGAAGUCUGCCCCUCAGGACGCCAAGGAGAAGACUCAAGGUGGCUGGGGAAGCACUGGCACUGGCUGGUAAGUGGUUGACAGGGAGUCUGGUUCAGAAGUGAUGCCUGAACUAGACUCUCUUGUUGAGAACCCACAGCCAGGCUAACUCCCCGGGCACGCAAUGAAUUCAGUUGGGAUUGAGAGAGGCAAGAAGGAUGGUUGGUGAGAAUAGGACAAUGGCUUGAUCAUGGGCCACUACGGUCGAGGAGGACAGAGAAGGUUUUUCGUAGGAGCUCGGUCUACUUGGCGGACAUUUGCGGUUAUUUGUCUUGAGACUCGCAUCUAGAGACAUAACUGCUUCUCGUUUGGCCGCCAGGAGACCAUCUCAUACCAUCUCGUCUCCUAGUAGACCAAACUAGCAUAGGAAUCAGAAAAGGAGUUCAUCCAA